AUGCAACGUCUAGCAGAGUCGACAACAGAGGGCCAGCUACUGCGUCGCUUCCGCAACUGGGACCCGCGUACGGGCGAGGCUCGCAAAGGGGAUUGGACGACAAUCACGGGCAUCGAAGAGGAGACAAAGAAUCUUGAAUCCCUGACCCUCGAAGCAGAAGCAGCUACCCGCGGCGCCGACCUCCAGCUGAGCAGUCUGGCCCCUCGAAAACCCAAUUGGGACCUGCGACAACGCUUGGACAAAAGGCUCAAGAAGCUUGAGAGGAGGGACAAGGAGGCACGAUUGAUCUUGAUCAGGCAGAGGGUAAAGAGCAGUGCAGCCAAUAGCAAGGGUGGUGCAGGGGUGCAACAGGCAGCAGCGGCUGCUGAAGUGGCGGCUUUGGGGGGUUUGGUUGAACAUGGUGCAGACGAAAGCGACGAGGACGAUGACGAGUGA